AUGGAACUACACUAUGGCAUACUUCUUGGGUCGCCCAAUCAAUUGGAACCGCAAGAGCUGGAUGGAACUGUCUUCAAAAUACUAGCGGAUAAUACUCUAGUGCCAGCCGAAGUCACAACUUAUUGGUGCAUAAUUAAGCGAAUACCGCAAAUUGUGGCUGAUCGUAAACAUCAUAUCAUCCAGAUGAACGCAUACGUCAAAGGCGGCAACGAGAACGUUGUGCACCAUAUGGAGAUAUUUCUAUGCGAGACGGAUGACCAAACAGAAAGGAGCGAGAAUUGUAAUAAUCUGGUAAUGGAUCAGGAUGCUCGUUCUUGCAGUCAUGUAAUUGCUGCUUGGGCAAAAGGCGAAGGCCCUAUUUAUUAUCCUCCUGAAGCUGGCUUGCCAAUAGGCGGUAGGACAGGAAGGAAGUUCCUCAAAGUUGAAAUUCAUUAUAACAAUCCAAGUAUGGAAUCCGGCAUACUCGAUGGAUCAGGCUUCGUGUUUCACGUCACUCCUAGACUCAGGAAAUACGAUGCCGGGAUCAUGGAAGUUGGCCUUAUUUAUUCCGACGCGAACUCGAUCCCACCAGGCCAACAUGCGUUCCCACUAACAGGUCAUUGCGUUGCUGACUGCACCUCAAAGCUCCCAAGCGAAGGUAUUUAUAUUUUCGGAUCACAGCUUCACGCACACUUAUCCGGCCGUAAACUGUUCACCAGUCACUACAGACAGGGAGUGAAAGUUGGUGAAAUAAAUAGAGACAACCACUACAGCCCCCACUGGCAGCAUAUCGUUCAAAUACGCCCUUACGUGCACGUUUUACCGGGUGACGUGCUUUCAACGACAUGUGUUUAUGAUACACUUCCCAAAAGUGGUGUAACUUUGGGAGGAUAUGGCAUCGAUGAGGAAAUGUGUGUUAACUAUCUGUAUUAUUUUCCUGCAUCUGAAGUAGAAGUGUGUAAAUCGGCCGUGGCUAACGAGACUCUACAUCGUUACUUUGAGAACAUCACGCAAAUCGAUCAGCUUGUAUGUGAGAAGUUCAACAUCACAAUGUACAGAAUUCAAGAGAGUCAAUGGGGUGCUUCACUCGGGGCGAGCCGUCGCGAUAACCAAUUCGAACGACUCCCCCGCACCCAAGGAUGUCUCAAUAGAACUAUUCUUGUUAUGGCCAUGUGUAGGUGA